CUCCGCGGCCCUCCGGCUCCCAGGCCUCAGCCCGGUGGGACCGUGGUGCACCGCGGGGCGGGCGGCUCCCCCCGAGGGCCGGGCUCCGAGGGGCGCCGAGCAGGACGGAAGCGAGCCCUGUGGGCUGCACAGACCUCCGCUGAUGCCGGCGCGCCUCGCCAGCUCGGGGACCACGCACAGUAACAGAAUCUCUCCCGGAGCAGGAACGCUUUCUAAAGUCCAGCAGGCCGUGGCAGUUCAGGCCAGUAAUCCCAGCUCUGUGUGAACUGAAACAGGAAGAUUGCCACGAAUUCGAGGCCAGUGGGGUUGUAAUGUGAAACGCUGCCAAAGCAAAUAAGUACAAUCUUAAAAAUUCAUGUAAUAGUACCUAUCUCAAGGAAUCUUUGUGAGAAUCAUUUUAACAUAUCAAGAAAGCCCUUAGGACAGACACUGGCCAUUGUGGCAAACACUACUUGAGAGGUGAAGAAGGAUCAAAAGUUCAAGGCCCUUCUCAGCUAUAUAAUGUCUUCGGUGCCUAAUAAUCAAUAUUUCCAGAUAUUUAUCAGAUAUUAAAUAUUUGCCUCCCAACAUCAAAGAUAGACUGAUUAAAAUAAUGAGCAUGCGGGGUCGGAUAACAGAUUCCAAUAUAAGUGAGGUGUUACAUCCUGAAGUCCAAAGACUAGAUCUGAGAAGCUGUGAUAUCUCAGACUUGGCUCUCCAACACCUGUCUAAAUGCAGAAAACUGAAGACACUAAAUCUAAAAUCCUCCAGAGAACAUAGAAAUAGCAUAACUUCAGAAGGAAUAAAAGCUCUGGCUUCCUCCUGUUCAGACCUUCAUGAAAUUUCCUUGAAAGGAUGUUGCAGCGUCACAGAUGAAGGAGUCCUUGCUCUUGCACUCAACUGCCAGCUGCUAAAGAUCAUUGAUUUGGGCGGCUGCCUAAGUAUCACUGAUGUAUCCUUACAUGCAUUAGGAAAAAACUGCCCAUCUUUGCAAUGUGUUGACUUUUCAACUACUCAGGUAUCUGACAGUGGCGUGGCUGCACUUGUCAGUGGACCAUGUGCCAAACAAUUAGAGGAGAUUAACAUGGGAUACUGUAUAAAUCUAACUGAUAAGGCCGUAGAAGCUGUCCUGACUGCCUGUCCUCAAAUAUGUAUACUUCUUUUCCAUGGCUGCCCUCUGAUAACAGGCUUACUCAUGGUGACUACCUCAUCUAUUGGGAUCUCAUCGCAGAUACUAGUCAUGAUCAUUCAAGAGAAGUCUUGGAGCAAUUAGUAGGAUCAAGAAAACUCAAGCAAGUGACGUGGUCUGUCUAUUGAUCUUCACUGAGGCUGAGCUCAGGAGCCUUCCCAGGACAUACUCUAUAAAUAUUUGCUUUUCCCUUAAUUUAACACUAAGUUAUUUUAUUGUCUUAGGUAAGCUGUACUCUCAGAGAAUCAGUUCAAUCUUAUGUAAAUGUUUGUGCUUUUAAGUAACCAGACACAGCAUUUUAACACUUCUAUUAUCCCAUAUUUGUUUGAUGAGCCAUCUUUUCUUUUUAACAGUGAUCCUGGUAUGAACUCUAUUUGAUGGAGAAAAGGCUGGGUUUGUUUCUUUGAUAACAAAAGUUUCAAAUGAUUUACUUUUCAUUUAUAGCCCGUUCUCUGGUAUAGGUAUUUGAGUUAUUGUAAGAGACAUUAUGAGUGGAAUUCUAAAUAAAGAUGCUUUUAAAAG